AUGGACGAUGAUCCUUGGGACGAUUGGGAAGCUGCUGCCGAUGCUGGCUUAGAUCCAAAACCCAGUAAGGCUGUCGAUGAACAUGAAAAGAAUAAACAAUUAUGGCAAGAAGCAAACGCGUUUGCACAGCCAGAAAUUAUUCGGGUGGAUACAGCCCGCACGGAAUAUGUACCACAA